CUCGCUCGCACUCACAGCGUUUCCUCGCUCGCUCUCUCACUUUGUAAUCUCCAAUAUCUCGUCUUCGUGGAUCCACUGACGACGUGUAGAAUAAGACGACGCGGAGCCCGACGAAGCCGUCGCUUUAUUAGAUGCUCGACUUCAAAGCAUGCCGCUUUAGACUGGUAGUCGUGGAAGAGCUCGCGCGAUCCCGGAGGAACGCCCGCAAGUUUUGAUUCCAGGAGACACAGGUUUAGGGGCUCACGGCGUCUCGAUUCCUUACAAGAUGCCAUUUUUGAAUCUUUCGUUCCCGUGAAAGCGCUGGCUUUCUUUUUUGGUCUCCGUCCAUGACGAGUUCAUCAUCUUGCACUCGCUUCUCGUUCGAUUUCUACAUCGUUCCUCUUUGAAUUUUUCUGGUUCUGUUUCUUUCUUCUAGAUGAGCGAUUAAUUUACCUCUUGGAUGUUGCCCGACAAGUCCCGGUACCCUAAAGUCUUCACUUUUCCCCCUGUUUUUGACCGAUUGCUCUGGUUUUGAGACCAUUUUAGUUGGCUUCGAGUUUCUUUGGAUCAUUUCUCAUCAAGCCCCUAUUUCUUGAUUCCUUUCUGAGAUUUGAACUCUUUUAGUUUGCUUCCGAGUACUGGAUUUCUGAAAGUUCCACCUUUCUCCCUGAAGACUGGUUUCUACUUUUUUUUUUGAGAAGAUUGGAGAGGAGAGAAAAGAAAGGAGACAAAGUUAAAAUCUUGAGAAGAAACAGAGAAAACGAUCUGUUAUCUUUUCCAAUCCUGGCUUCUUUGUGAUAGAGGAAGUUCAAGAGGAGUUUUAUGUGAUUCUUGUAUUGCCCUCAUUCUGUUCUUUAUCUGAUCAAGUCAAGAACAGGAAUUCUUAUCUUCUUAUCUAUUUCCUCGUCCUCCUCGUCUCCCCUCUCUCCUCUCUCCCCUCGCCUCUCUCUAAAUUUAACCUUUUUGGUCUUUUUCGAUGUGUACUAGUUUGUGACACCAUCUGCGUCGAGGUCUGCCUCCACCAAGAUGGCACAUAAGAACUCUCCUUUAAGUCCUAGCGGAAAAGGUAUGCGAUCCAAGUCAACCAAGGGCUCGCCUUCCUCGUUGGAUUCUUCGGAUUCAAGAUCGCUGAAGAUUAUGCCCUUUGCCAAGACAGCACCGUCGCCUGAGAAACAAAAUGCACGAGUUUCUGAUGUGCAACAACAGUUAAGAAAGCUUCGGGAAGAGCUGAACAAGGAGAAAGAGGAGAAGUCCCGAGCAAUCGAAGAGCUCACUGAUAUGAAAAGAAAUGUUGCUUCUCAGAGAAAUGGAGGUGAAAACAAGUUGAAGAUCGAAGUUUUAGAGAAAGAAGUACAGAAAGCAAAGGAAUCGGAAAGAAAACUGCUCGAAUCGCUUGUGUCUCAGACGAAACUGCUUGAGCAGACAAAGAUAUCUCUUGAAGAAGUCAAACUCGAGAACAGGUCCCUCCGACAGAGCAACCGAAGCUUGGAGAGUUCUGUAAACCUAGGUAGUCGAAGCAGUAGGAAGUCAGAGAAGCAUUUGUUGGGGAAUGAUCCUUUGCCUAUGAUUCAUGCAGAAGAGGAGAUGACGGUGCUAAAAAAUGAGCUCAAGUUAGCCACAGAAGCAGAAGAGAAAAGCAAGAUAGCCAUGGAUGGUUUGGCAAUCGCCCUGAAAGAAGUAACAACUGAGAACAAUCACCUCAAGAGAACACUCAGCGUAGCCCAAUCCGAGUUAGAAAAAGUACGAGCAGAAGCAGAGCAAUUGAAGUCUUUGCUAAGGAGCAUGGAGGAAAAGUUUCAAGCAGCAUCAGCAGAAUCCGAGAGACUGCAGUUUGAGCUUGAGGAAUCUGUUGCUGCUUGGAACGAGAAAGAGAGUAGCUUCAUAAACUGUGUUAAGAUGUCUGAAGAUGAGAUCACCAAUGCAAAGGCAGAGAACGAUAAGUUGUUCGAAUCACAAAGAGUGGUCAGGGAAGAGAAUGCCAAUUUGAGGGACAUACUAAAGCAUGCUGUGAAUGAAGCAAGCAUUGUCAAAGAAUCCCUAGAGAUUGCCAGGAAAGAGAAUUCUCAGCUAAAGGAUCUGUUAGCUGAGAAGGAAAGUUACUUGCAGAGCUUAAAGCAAGAAUAUGAGUGCCUCAAGGUGAGUGAAGCUGCAGCCACCGAUAGUGUUCAGGGGUUGAAGAGCUUGUUUGCUGCAACAUCUACAAUGGACUCGAGUACGUUAGUCUCUUCAUUUGAGAAUGAAUCGAUCAUGGUAAGUGACAGUAAAGCCAGUAAAUUUUCAUCGGAACGUUGGAGUAAUGGUAAUCCACGGAUUCAAAAGGGGCGUAGGCAUUCGAUCGGAGAACCAGGAAAGUUUAAGGGAUCUGUGUAUGGAGAAGAAGGCUCACCAGAGCAGAAUGGUGUGAUAUGUGCAUCACUUAGUAAUGUGUCUGACCUCAGGGAUGCUUCCUCCAUUGUGGCCUACGAUGAGGAAACACUGAUCUCUGCUGGUUUCAAUCACACAGAUGCAAAGCUGAAAAAGAAAAAGACAAUUCUUAGGAGAUUUGGAGAUAUGCUGAGACGAAAACACUCUUACAAACAGAACUCAUCAUCUCUUUGAUUUUAAUUACAUGAUAAAAGUAACAACAGCACUGCAGCAUGAUUUGGCACUUUGUGACUGAUAGAUACGUUGAUUUGAAUGAACAAUUCUGCGUCAAGAUACAGUUGGAAACUGCUACGAAACUUUUGUUACAGAUAAAAACAUGGUCAAGAACAUUAUUGUGGUGUUGGUUUGUAGUUAGCUAUACUCCAUAGAUUUUGAUAUAUAAGUUUACGACAGAUAUCAAACAUUAUUGUUGUCGAGGGUACCAUUCUCAAGUUUUCGAGGACAAGCAUUUACAAAACUCACCAUCCUUAAUAAUUUUGGUGAGUUUGCCUGUGAUGUUUUGUUUGAGUUAUUCUUUUACUGCAAAGAUCUUAUGUGUUCCCAAAUCUUUCGGCUUUAUCACAAAGAAAUACUUCAUGGUUGAUUCGU